AAUAAAUAAAAGAUGAACCUAAACAUGACGUCACUGAACUAAUGUCACAGAGAUGUCAUGUACUUCAGCUAAUGUUCAAUAAAGUGACAGGAGAGUGUGGCUAAGCUACAUGCUACAUGCCAACGGACUCACUUUGUGUUCACUGAAAGCUAACUUCCGGCUGCUGAUCUCCACAUGUUUACUUCUGCUGCAACGCUUUACGUCACCGUCCAACGACGACAACUGUCGCAAACUGUCAGGUUUUACUAACCAGCUCUAAGGCAGAGUGGAUAAGAGUAAAGUACACAUAUUACUGCAGUAAAAGUACUAAUAACACAGUGUACCGGAAGCGUGCAGCUCUUGUCCGUCAUGGUGACCUGUGCUACGUCACCGGAAGUCGCUCCACGGUGGAUUUUUGGAAGAUGCUGAAGAAACGGGAGCUACUGCUUUCCCAGAGACAAUUCAGUGAAGAUGAGACCAUGAUCCCCGUACUAACCUCCAGAAAGGCCAGCGAACUCCCCGUCCACGAAGUAGUGUGUGUCCUGCAGGCAGACCUGCAGGUGGGUCUGAACCAGGAGGAGGUGAGCCGGAGGAGAGCCUACCAUGGCUGGAACGAGUUCGACAUCAGUGAGGAGGAACCGCUAUGGAAGAAAUACAUCUCCCAGGUAACCUGUCCUUCACUGACAUGAGGGUCCACAAUGUCCACAGUUUCCACUUGGUCUACAAUGUCCACUUGGUCUAUGGUGUCCACAUGGUCUACAAUUUCCACUUGUCCACUUAGUCUAUGGUGUCCACUUAGUCUAUGGUGUCCACUUAGUCUACAGUGUCCACAGGGUCUAUAGUGUCCACAGGGUCCACUGUGUCCACAGUGUCCACAAGGUCUAUAGUGUCCACAAUGUCCACUUGGUCCAGAUCAGUUUGUCCUCGUUUGCUGCUGAAGAAAUGUCCAGAGUCUCAUCUUUGUUUUGUGAGACAGAAUCUAACAGAAGAUGUCAUGUCCACUGAUGACAUCACACAAUAAUGACUCGUAUGAAUGAGGACAUUCAAGAGACAGACGCCGCCCUGCUGAACUAAAGACAUGUCAGUCGGAGACGCCGUCCUGUAACUAGUGUUCAGUCGGAGACGCCGUCCUGUAACUAGUGUUCAGUCGGAGACGCCGUGGAAAAAACACACCAACAAAGUCCCUCAGGCUGCCUUCAGUAUGUGACAGAGUCGUGGUGCGUUCAGGUUUUUCUGGUCUGAUGAGUCCUCUGUGUUUCAUGUUGCAGGUUCCUUAAGGACUGACAUGUCUUUAGUUCAGGUGUCUGUCUCUUGAGCACAGUAAACUUUGGUCCACUAUGACGUCCUUCAGCUCAAAUCAUGUCAAACUGGUUUCUGGAGUUCACUGGCCUGAUUUGACGUCAUGUUUUUACUGAUUAAUAAUUGCCACGAACUCAUGACGUCGGACGGACGGACGCACGGACGCCAUGAGCCUGACGGAGUUAACCAGGGAACACGGGGUGAGGAUCCCGCCGCUGUUCAGGUGUUUGCAGUGGGGGAGCUUGUCGGCCACAGCCACGUGAAGUCCGCAGCGCGGAUGAACAGCGCUGUGGUCAUCUUUCUAGACACCAUAUAAACUGCGGAAGUGGUGUUGAUGACCGGGAUCUCCGUGGGUGAACACUUCCUGCCCACGUAUCCUCUCAGCUCACCGGAAGUGAAAGUCACCGUGUCCAACGUGCCACCAUUCAUAAGGAACGAUGCAAUAAUCAAAGAGCUGUCCAAA